CGGCUGUGCAGGGAUAUGCACAGCAUCCUCUAUCACGGGCUCAUCCACGAUAAGGUGUACUGCAGGCAGAAGGAUUACUGGCAGUUUGUGAAAGACAUCCGCCGGCUGAGCCCGCAUUCUGCUCAUCACGUGGAGAAAUUCAUCAGCCUGCACGAGAAUGGCCAGCCAAGCGCAGAUGGUGUAGGUGAUCAAGCCAUAGCAGCGCUGUGGCUACAGCACAGUCUGCAGUUCCACUGCCUCUCUGCACAGCUGAAGCCGCUGCUUGAGAACAGACAGUACAUCAGGAAAUUCUACUCAGACGCUGCCUUCCUGCUCAGUGAUGCCCACGUGACAGCCAUGUUACAGUGCCUGGAGGCUGUGGAGCAGAACAACCCCAGACUUCUGGCUCAGAUUGACACGUCCAUGUUUCUCAGAAGGAGUGAGGCCCCAUUGCCUGUGACGAAGAGUCAAAGCCUGACGGCCCUCCCUGGUUCUGUAUGUAUCCCUCCUAUGGACUAUACACAGCACAGGUACUUCGGAUCCUUCUCCAGUCUGCACCAACCAGCCUCCACCAGCAUGUCAGACAGGAGACCAGCAAGCUACUCCGUGUGCAGCAGCACGAGCCAGCCUCUGGAAAAUGCCCUGUACAAUGUACCCCUCUUGCUGCCUGAGGACAGAUCCCCUCUGGGCCAACCUGGCCUCCCGCGGCUCAGUGUUACCUCCCCCAGAGACUCCUUCUCUUCAGUCAGCGAGAUGAGCACCAGCACCGUGACCAGCCAGAGCGAGGACCUCUGGGCGGGUAGCCAGGAUGACACCCAGAGCGACGCCAAUGACGGGCCGGAGUAUCUGGCCAUUGGGAACCUGGGGCAGCGGGGCCGGGCCUGUAGCAGCCAGAGCAGCGCCAGCAGUAGCACCACCAACAGCAACGAGAGCAGCAGUUCCAACCUGUUCUCAUCCAGCAGCUCCCAGAAGCCGGAGUCCAUCUCCUCCUUGGAGGACCAGGGUGCGAGCGGCGGCAGCAGGGGGAUGAGCCUCUUGCGCAGGUCCAGCUUUUCGGAGGGGCAGGCAUCAACCCCCCAUGGGAUCCUCAAGAGAAGCCAUGCACGCUCGCACUCCGAUACCAACGUGGCCUCUGGGAAAACUCCCGGAGGCCUCAGGGAUAUCACCAUUAUAAUAGAAGAUCCAGUGGCAGAAUCCCAGAGUGACGCCUCGAGGGUGCCGGGUCAUGUCUCCGGCUCCACCCAGAGCAGCGAAGUGAGCACGCCCAGCUCCCUCUACAUGGAGUACGAUGCUGGCCAGUACCUGAGUUCGGGGGAAGGGAUGUUCCGAAGACCCUCAGAAGGACAGUCCCUGAUCAGUUACCUCUCUGAGCAGGACUUCGGCAGCUGUGCAGACCUGGAGAAGGAAAAUGCUCACUUCAGCAUCUCUGAGUCGCUGAUCGCCGCCAUCGAGCUGAUGAAAUGCAAUGUGAUGAACCGGCGGCUGGAGGAGGAGGAAGAGGAGAGUGACAAGGAGAUUCAGGAGCUCAAGCAGAAGAUUCGCAUCCGGCGCCAGCAGAUCCGCACCAAACACGUGCUCCCUGCCUACCGGGAAGUGGGCUCCGACAGCUUCGUGGCUACAGACAGUGAGUCCCAGUUCAGCUCCCGUGACUCCAUGUGGCUGUCUGACUCGGGCUCAGCAGAGGACGUGGAGGAGUAUGAGAUAAGAGAUGGUAACGAUGGAUCUAACCUGAUUCAAAUGUCCAAGAACGGCCUGUCAGUGUCAAUGGCUUCCUUGUUUUCAGAUGCGGACAUCAAGCGGGAUGCAGCGUCUAGCAGGAAGUCUUUCCUCUCCUCGGAAUCCAUAUCCCACUCCUUCCUCCAUUCGAACUCAGCGGAGGCCGUGGCCAUGGGCCUGCUGAAGCAGUUUGAAGGGAUGCAGCUCCCAGCCGCUUCUGAACUGGACUGGCUAGUCCCAGAGCAGGAUGCCCCCCAGAAGGGCCCGAGAUGGUCUCUCAGAAAGCUCUUUAAGCGUCCCCAGUGGUAUAAGAAAAGGCAGCUCUCUAAAAAGCUCCGGCGGCUCCUGCCAAUUCCGGACUCUCUGCCCAUCUCGCCCGACGACGGAGAGCACGCCGACAUCUACAAGCUCCGAAUCCGGGUCCGCGGGAACCUGGAGUGGGCUCCCCCCCGGCCGCAGAUCAUCUUCAACAUUCACCCAGCCCCAACGAGGAAGGUGGCUGUAGCCAAGCAGAAUUACCGGUGCGCAGGCUGCGGCAUCCGGACGGACCCUGAUUACAUCAAACGGCUGCGGUACUGCGAGUAUCUGGGCAAGUACUUCUGCCAGUGCUGCCACGAGAACACCCAGAUGGUCAUUCCCAGCCGCAUCCUGCGUAAGUGGGACUUCAGCAAGUACUACGUCAGCAACUUCUCCAGGGACCUGCUGAGCAAGAUCUGGAGCGACCCGCUCUUCAGCGUGCAGGACCUCAACGCCGCUCUGUACCGGAAGGUGAAGGCUCUGAAUCAAGUCAGGCUGUUGAGAAUCCAGCUGUUUCGCUUGAAGAACAUGUUUAAGACCUGCCGACUAGCUAAAGAGCUCCUGGAUUCCUUCGACACGGUGCCAGGUCAUUUGACGGAGGAUCUCCACCUCUACUCCUUAAAUGACCUGAAUGCCACUAAGAAGGGGGAGCUAGUUCCCCGCCUGACGGAGCUCAUAAAGGCAGGUACCCUGCACGUUGAGAGAUGCAUGCUGUGCCAAGCCAAAGGCUUCAUCUGUGAGUUCUGUCAAAAGGAGGAGGACAUCAUCUUCCCCUUCGAACUGAACAAGUGCAGGACGUGUGAAGAGUGCAAGGCCUGCUACCACAAAUCCUGCUUCAAAUCCGGCUGCUGCCCCCGGUGUGAGCGCCUGCACGCCAGGAGAGAGCUGCUGGCCAAGCAGAGCAUGGAGUCCUACAUCUCAGACUAUGAGGAGGAGGAGGAGCCGCCAGAGGCAGUGGCUGCGACAUGA